GUUAAGGAACAGGAAGAAAGAAGAAGGAAUUUUUUGAGGAGGAGGGAAUUACUAAGAAGUUCACUAAGAAGUUCAAAGCCGUUUGUUUAAAGUAUAAGCGAGAGGUUAAUAGACAAUACAAAGAAGCAUUGGAGCCGAUUUUUAAGGAGGAUGACAUAUGUCAGGAGGAUGACAUAUGGAAGCCGGAAUAUCUUAAAAUUUUCCCUGAAAUACCGCCAGGGGAUUUCAUGAGACUUCUGGAGGAUGACUUAUAAAGUGGAUUAUUAUAAAAUUUUCCCUGGAAUACCGACAGGGAAUUUCACGGGGUUCUCAAAUGUUUCCUCCAUUUGUGAGAAAGAAUUGCGGUAAAGCUCUGCAAGGAAAAUGCCAUUGACUGCCAGUGCCAUGAAAUCUACUGCAACUGGAUGCAGUGAGUUAUUUUAGUACUGAGUGCAUGAACACUAAUUUGGUCGUUGUGUUGGGAUAUUUGAACUUGAUAUUAUUCGUAUAAACUACAAGGCAUCAC